AUGGAACACAUAACGACAGUUCAUGAAACUCCUCCUGACUUUCAGUGUCAAAUUUGGUAAGAAAUGAGAGUUGAGUUGUGUCAAAGAUAAUUGUCAAACCCCACAAUUGAAAAUAUAUUUCUAUUUUAUGUUUGCAGUCACCAACUCAUGAUUUUCCCCGCGAUUAUUCCAGAAUGUGGCCAUACUUACUGCAAAGAUUGCCUAGUACGAGUACAAAAUCAAGGGGCUGCAAAACACUGCCCAAGUUGUCGUACGCCAAUAUCUAGCGAACUGAAAACCAACUUCACCGUCAAGAAGCUCGUGGAGAAUUUAGAAGCAAAAUGUGACCUCUGUCAAUUGGAAGGUAAAAUUGAACAACUCGCGAAUCAUAAAUGCCCGGAGGAGGAGAUUAAAUGUGAAAACGGUCAAUGCAGUACCAAAGUGAAGAGAAAAGACCAGGAAAGACACGAGGAAGAAUGCAUUUUCAAAGUGGUGUUCUGCGAGAGGUGUCAUCGAAGCACCACAGUGGCAAACUUAGAAAUCCACCGCGAGGAGACAUGUCCGGAAGGUGAAACUAACUGUCCACUUAAGUGUACGAAGCGUCCAAAAAGGUAUGUUUGAUCUUACAAAUCUCAACAGUAUCACAUUGAGUUUCAUUCGUUAAUAAGGCAGCCAGUGGUCUCGCCACGUGGUGAGUUCGCCCCAACUAGUUUGAACCAGAAGAAAUCGUGCUCAAUCAUAGUAGCUCCAUGAUAACCGGAAUUAGCCUCGGAAAAUUUUUAGAACUAAAUCCACGAUCCAUGAGCCAUUAUGAUUUUAUUAUGAGACCCCGUACUCUCUUUGUACCAAAGCUUGUUUCGAGGUAAACUGUGAUUCAACUGAAGCACUUGACAUACUUUGCCAACCCUUUUGUGCCGUGGGGUGUGGUAGUGUUCAGUUUUUUUUAAAAAGGCUAAAAUUGACCCAUUUUGACUUACUUUUACGUCACUCUUUGAUUACGAUAGCAACUUAAUAAGCAACUUGUUUACUGGCAGUUUUUGUCGCAACACCAACUGCAGUUGUGAUAAAGGCUGACGAGUCCUCAGCUUCUACGUUUGCAGGAUUAGGAUCAACUUUCGCGGCUGAGUGAAAAUGACUAGCCUCAGUUACGUUGUAAUAAGAAUGAUAUGCCUGACUUCAGGUCGAGGGCGGUGCUAUGAUCAAAACCGGGUGAUCAUAUGCAGAUCUCCUUGAAGUCUGCGGCCAAUCUUUAUAAAGCUUCAAAGUGGAAUUUUUAAGGAUAGAAAUUUCUUACGAUUGCGGUGUCAUAUCCAACUAGGACGAAAAAGUCCUGUAGAAAGCUUUACUUUCAUUAAGCUGCAAUCGGUAGCUGGUUGAGAAUAUGCGUGUUCAGUGCAAAAGGCCGCGGCAUAGUUGAUAGUACGGAACCAAGCUUUUCGCGGCGCGAUGUAGGCGAAAUGGCACUGACCUAUUCUGGACCGCAUUGAAAGUGUGUCAUGGUUACGCUCUAACGCUUUCCUUAGCUAUGACUGUUGUAUGACUGCUGGACAUGUUUUUAAUAAAGCUAUUGACAAGAGUUCACCGAGAUAGCUAGUGCCGUAAAUUAAGCUUGAGUUGGUUCAUUAGGCCGGGUUAAAUCACUGAUAUUAUAACAAUCUAUACUCUUUCGUAGGAGAGAGCUACAACUUCACCUCAGCGAGUGCCGCCAAAGGCAAAGAGAAUGCAACAUUGUGGGCUGCAAGUUCUGGGGGAACAGCCGCAGCUUAGCCGAACACAACAAGGAUGAAGCGGAGAGACACGUGUCUCUUUUACUUAUAGAGAACCGAAAACUUCAAGAAGCUCUUCUCGGUGCC